CGAUUGUGCAAUGCGCGACCGCACCCUCGUGGUCUUCCACUACGCCGAGCGCGCGAGCGACGCGCCACAGCAGCUGCAGCUCCGCAGGCGGAACCUCGAGUACUUUCUCCGUAUCGGCGUCGUCGACGACCCCCGUGUUCACUUUAUCCUCAACCUGGCGGCUGGCAACGUGACAGAGGCGCACCCGGACAGCUGCCCUGGCUCUCACGCCACCAGUGUAGCGAAGACGCCGUCUUGGCCGUUGCAAACACCUAGACUUUUGAAGCCUGCGGAAUUGGCGCCCAGGCCACGCGCCCCGGGUGUCCCCACUUCACAGGAGCUUGGGCGAGGCGUGAGGCGAGUCCUGAGGGAAGCGCUUGCUCGGAGCGAGGAGACGCCACCGAGCAACUUUGAGCUGCGCCCACAGUGGACGCUGCCUCCCUCCGACCUUUGCCUUCACCACCGCACCCUCGCCGGCCUACCACUUGAUCGCUACUCUCACGUGAUCCUGCUCAACGACGCCGUGCGAGGCCCGCUGCUCGGCCGCACAGGCGCCGGUCCUCCGGAGCGGCCCGUCUGGUUGGGGCCGCCAAAGUACAAGCUUCCCUACAAGUCGUCAACCGCCUCUCCCCUUCGCUCCGAUGGCUGGUGGAUGGCGUGGCGGGAGGGAUGCGGUGACGCGGAAGUGUGCGGCGCCGUGGUCGUGUGUGUCCCCGAGUACGAGCCGCACGCGCAGAGCUACGCCGUGAUGCUCCGAGUCCCCGACGGGUCGGACGUGUUUCUGCGCCGUCUCGAGGCGGAGCCGUGCUCGAUCCCAUGGGCGAGACGCAGCGAGCUGAUCCACAAGGUUGAGAUUGGACUCUCCCGUCGAACGGCCGAGCUGGGCAUGGCUGUGGCGGGGCUGGAGGUGCAGGGGCAGGCCGGAUUCGACGCCACGGGGUUCCGGACGGCACCUACUCCGCGCUCGGUUGCGAAGGCGCAGCACCUGUGGGAAAGGCACAAGGGCACGUGCGCGGGCGGCAGCUGCCGCAAGGACCCCGGGGGCGGACCGAUGCACGCGGGUUGGCAGUUCACCGCCGCGUGCGUUCAGCGGCAGCAGGCCGCGAUCGCGUAA